AUGCGUACAAAUUCAGUCAGUAAAGAUCUUCAAAGUCGUAUCCUGCUUUGGUAUGAUUAUGCAUGGUCAAAAGGAAGUGGAGGUGGUCAAGAUAUCAAUUCGUUAGGCAUGCUACCGGAUAAACUGAAAACAGAGCUUGCAUUAAAUGUGAAUUUAGAAACAUUGAAAAAAGUGACAAUCUUUCAUGAAUGCAGACCAGAAUUUCUACAUGAUAUCGUCUUGAAAAUGCGACCACUGGUGUUAACACCUGGAGAUUUAAUCUGUCGUAAAGGUGAAAUAGCUCGUGAUAUCUACAUUAUUGCAGAUGGGGUACUUGAAGUUCUAAAUGAAGACAAUGAAGUUCUUUCAACAAUGAGUGCUGGUGACUUUUUCGGAGAAAUUGGCGUGCUUAAUUUGGACGGUAUCAAUAGGCGAACUGCUGACGUGAGAGCUGUCGGCUACGCUGAAUUAUUUGUUCUUUCACGUGAAGAUAUAUUGAAGGCGCUGAAAGAUCAUCCUGAAGCUGAGAUUGUUAUAAGAAAGCAUGCAGCUCGACGGUUAUGUGAAUCACGUACUCGACGAGCAGGUAAUGCUCAAGGUGGUAAAUCUCCAUCAGGCGGCUCUACAAACACAUAUUCACCUACACUAUCUCCACUUUUAUACAAACAGGGCAAUUUAUUUUCAACAGGCAAUAGUACACGAAGUUCUACUAGUACACCAUUUGACCAGAAUACAAGUAAAGAGAUAUCGAGAUUAUCUAUAAACCCAACGAAUGGAGAUAGUGUGAAACAAAAUGAUAAAAAUUCAUCUAUCCGUAAAACUGCUACUAAUAACAAUUUAAAUUUAGCAGAAAAAUUACUAAAUACCUCGUGCAGCCAAAACCAUCAGAUGAUAUCAAUGGCAGAUGCCAUAGACCAAUUUACAGAAAGAUGGGAGAAUAUAUUGGGAUCAUUGGUUGAAAUUCAUCGUAAAGAAUUAUCCCUAUUAAAAGAACAAUUAUUACAAUAUGGUGGAAUCAAUCAAAAUUAAAGUUACGCGCUUUAUUUCUUUCUUUUUCUGUUUUUCCUUUUUCAAUAUAAUACAUAAUUAAUUGUACAGUAUGCAUAAUUAUUUCUAUUCAAUGUUUCAACAUAUUUUUUCCUCUCUCGAAAAUGACAAUGUAGAUCAACAGAGAAGAAAUGGCG